AUGCUUCCACUAAAGCUGGUUCGCUCUCUCAUCUUAGGUGAAUCCAUCUCCAUCAACAACAACUCUCACUUUCUUAAUCAAAAUCACCAUCCCCAUCAACAACAACAACAACAACAACCCAAUGAAACAACAAGAACCAGAACAAAAAAACCAUUCAAAAAAAGACACGCUCUUUUGUUUCUCCCGACCAAAGAAAUCGUAACAAACACAUAUCGACUUGCCACCAUUGCAAGAGAUUUAGGAAUGGAUUUGCACCCAACACCAUCGCUUUCUCACAUUAUCUUCUCCAACCCAUCUUCUACACCAUCAACAUCUUCUUCUUCACCUUCAACGCCGUCUACAUCUACUUUCUCUGUCUCUUCAGCUUCUUGUUCUCUUCUCAAUGAUGCGGUUCCUAUUCCUUUUCCUUCUUUUGAUACAGCGCCACUGACCCACCUUCGAUAUUUCGUCACGCUCUUCCCACGCGCUUUCAAGGUUGUUCUUUUUAACUCCGACGGGGAUUCUGACGCUGUUGGGUCACGCGGCGGAGAUGUCAGUAACUGGGAUUGCUCUUCUGUUUCGUUAUACUCUCGGGUUAACGGUAAUCGGGUUGAUACGAUGGAUGGGUUUUGUCGGAUUCUCGCCGGGAAAGGUUGGACCUUUUUCAAAACGAAGCAAAACCCUUCCGGGGAUUUACGCGGCGGCGGUGUUGUUUAUCUCUUCAGGAAGGUGGAUGUGAACCGGGUUUGUGCGGGUCGGGUUGGAGGACGUGAUGGGGCAUGCAGAGUGAGGGAGGUGAGAUUGCCGUAUUUGGAUUUUGAAAAUGCUCCUCUGAGGAUUUUGCAGUAUAUUUUGUUGAUGACUGAUGAUAUAUUCUGUUUAGCAUGA